AUGUUAGCGGCCUGGGGCUUUCUCGUGGUCUGUGCUUUGCUGACCCCCUCCCAAAGUCAACUCCUUCCAACUGACGCGGUCAUCCGAAUCAACUCAGGCGUCUUGCAUAAUGCUGUCAGCAACUCGAUGGCCCAAAGCAACGCCCUUCAAGGCGCCAUGAGAGAAGAGGCCUCCUGGGGGGCGGCGGGGGUGGAGGCCUCUUGGGAGGCUUACUCGGAGGAGGUGGUGGUGGAGGAGGACUUCUUGGAGGUGUGCUUGGUGGUGGAGGAGGAGGGGGACUUCUUGGAGGUCUGCUUGGUGGUGGUGGAGAAGGAGGUGGUGGAGGACUUCUUGGAGGUCUGCUUGGUGGUGGUGGAAGAGGAGGAGGAGAAGGAGGUAGUGGAGGACUUCUUGGAGGUGUGCUUGGUGGUGGUGGAAGAGGAGGAGGUGGAGGAGGAGGUAGACUUCCUGGAGGUGUGUUUGGUGGUGGUGGAGGGGAAGGAGGUGAUGGUGGUGGAGGAGGAGGACUUCCUGGAGGUGUCCUUGGUGGUGGAGGAGAAGGAGGUGGUGGAGGACUUCUUGGAGGUGUGCUUGGUGGUGGUGGAAGAGGAGGAGGAGGAGGUAGUAGAGGAGAAGGACUUCUUGGAGGUGUGCUUGGUGGUGGUGCUGCAGGAGGAGAUGGUGGAGGACUUCUUGGAGGUAUGCUUGGUGGUGGCGGAGGAGAAGGAAGUGGUGGACUUCUUGGAGGUGUGCUUGGUGGUGGUGGAGGAGAAGGAGGUGGUGGUAGACGAAGGCUUUCUAGAAGUGUGCUUGGUGGUGGCAGAGCAAGAGGAGGUGGAAGAGGAGAAGGACUUCCUGGAGGUGUGCUUGGUGGUGGUGGUGGAGCAGGACAAAGGGUACCUCUUGGUGGGAUCCCUGGAGGCUUGUGCCGGAGGUCUGCUGGGUCAAGGAGGCUUGCUGGGUGAUGGAGGUCUGCUUGGCACUGCAGGAAUUCUUGGUGGCGGUGGGGGCCUCCUCGGCAAUGGAGGCCUGCUGGGCAACGGAGGCCUACUUGGUGGAGGUGGAGUCCUCGGCAUCCUUGGGGAAGGAGGUCUUCUCAGCACAGUCCAAGGGCUGACGGGAUUGCGAAUUGUGGAACUGACCCUUCCCAAGAUCAACCUGAGGCUUCUACCUGGCAUUGGGGUUCACUUGGAUUUGUACACCAGAGUGGCACUUAAUGGGAAGAGCCUCCUUGGUUUGCUUGACAUUGCCGUGGAAGUGAACAUCACAGCCAUCGUCCGUCUGACAAUGGACAGCAUUGGCUACCCUACGUUGGUGAUUGAUCACUGUGACACGCUCCUGGGAGGCAUUAAAAUUAGGCUUCUUAGAGGCCUUCUUCCAAUUGUGGACAACUUAUUAGCCCGUGUCCUUAACAGGCUCCUUCCUGAUCUGCUUUGUCCCGUCCUUGAUGUUGUCCUGGGCCUUGUUAAUGACCAGCUUGGACUUGUGAAUUCUCUGGUUCCUCUGGGCAUACUGGGAAGCGUCCAGUAUACGGUCUCCAGCCUGCCAUUGGUCACUGGACAUUUCCUGGAGAUUGAUUUAAAUACUGUGGUUGGGAACGCCGUUGGCCCCAUCAUCGACUACCCCCUGGGCAAGCCAGAAUCUCCCCCUAUGCCACCCAGGGUGCCCAUGCCACCUCUACCACCCAUGGAAGAUACAACCAACUCUCAGCUGGGACUGUCGGUCAACUUCCUCAGCUCCGUGUUGGGCGUUUUGCAGAAACAAGGGGUCUUGAACCUUGACCUCUCCGAUGGGAUGUACCCUGAGCUUCCUCCCCUGGUAACCUCGACUCUUGGGGCACUGAUUCCAGCGAUCUUCCAGAAAUUCCCUGAGCCUCGGCCCCUCCUGCUGAAGGUCUCGGUCCCCGAGGCUCCCACCGUGAAGCUGCAGAAAGGCAUGGGCUUGAUCCAACUUCAAGCCACUGCAGAAAUCUUGGCCAUAGACUCUGGUGACGAGGAGAAAUCUCUCUGCACUGUGAACAUUGAUGCUUCUUUGCUGGCCAAAUUUUCUGUCGAAGACAACAAGCUCAAAAUCAGCGCUCAGCUAGACAAGUCCCAUGUUACACUGGUUUCCUCCAACGUUGGGAAAUUUGACGUCUCCCUGAUGGAGGGACUGGUGAGCAAGAUCUUUGAAGUGGCCUUCCUCCCUUCCAUGAAUGAGAUCUUAGGCGGAGGGGUUCCUCUCCCCAGGCUGCUGAAUAUCGAUUUCAACAAUGCUUCUGUCGAUGUCAUCGAAGAUCUGCUGGUGUUGUCUGCGUAA